AUGAAAACUUUUGAUGAUAGAGCCUUCAAAAGACCACUUUCAAAGCAAUUUUAUUGUGUUUUAUUAAAAUAUGAAGAAAAAGCCACAAAAGAAGAUAUAUGCAUGGAUGAAGUAUGUAAGUGAGUUUUUGAUUAAGGAUUUAGUUGGUUAAAAUGACUUAAAUGUAUGCAGUAAUAGUAUCAUAUUAUGAUUCCUAAAUGGAUCCAAUCACAUAUUAUUUUUUUGAUAAAUAACAUCAAUUUUUAUAAUAUAUUGCAAGAAAAAGUAAAUAGGAGUAAGAUGAUAUCUUAAAAAAUUUAAUAAUGGCCAACUAAUUGGAGUUUCCUAAAAUACCAAUAGAAAAUUAUAAUUUAAAGAAAAUCGUUCAUUUAAAUUAAAAGGAAGAGGUUUAAAAAGUAAACGAAAGAGUCUGUGAGAAUAUUGUAGGAUAAUUUGAAAAAAAUACUGAAACUAAUGAUUCAACUAUUCAUGAAGAAUUUUAAAAAUAAAAAAAUAAUUUAUAUUUAAGAUUAGCCAAAAAAAAAAAAUUAAGAUUUCAAUUACUUAAUUCAUCAAUUAAUGUUUAUUAGAUUCCGUUUUAAGACUAUGACGAUUAUAAUCUAGAAAAAGGAAACUAUCUAAUUUUUUAUUCAAUAUAGAUAUAGAAUAAUUAAAAAAAAGUUAUUUUAUUAUUUAUAAAAAUUGAAUAGACUUAAUUCAGAAUUAUUGCUAAACCUAAUAAUUUGAAUUUGUGA